AUGCAAAUGAAGCUUCAAGGUUACAAGAAGAACUACUCCAACGUUAUUCUGAUGAUUGUUUUAACGCACACGAUCGUCAACAUAAUCUGGAGACGUCCACUCAAUGAGCUUAGAUUUCCAGUCGCAUCCACAUCAAUAAACACCGAAGCUGGCAGCGUCGAUAUUCCAGGAACGACAAUGAAGGCGUUGAACGAUAGACCAUGGAAGGUUGAAGGCGACUUUAACAACGAUACGACAGUACUUUCAGAGAUGCGGCAAGCGCACCGAUCAUGCAAUGAAACCACUAUCGUCCUGACUACGAAUUUUAUUCCGACUUCUCCCUCCCUGGCGAUCAUCAACCGCACUAUCCAUUCGAUUAGAAGGCUGAAAGGACUCUGUCCUACCGCACCCCUCAUCAUAUCUGUCGAUGGUCUCAACAAGGAAGCUCGAAGGAUUCACAACAACUCAGAACCGCGACUGGAAGAGUACGUCAAAAGGCUCCGAACCGUCUACAACGAAACGCAUCAGAGAGUUGUGGCGAGCAAUCAUUCAUUGAUGAUUACCGGAACCGUCUAUCAGGCCAUGGAUCUAGUCAAGACGGAGUUCGUUUAUGUCAUACAGCACGACAUGCCAUUUAUUCAGGAUAUUGACCAUACUGCGCUUGUGCGGACCUAUGAUCAAUUUCCUGCGGUGCUUCGUUUGGUGCGAUUCAAUUUGAGACCCAAUAUUCAACGGGGAGAUCUCGAAGGGAAUAAUACAUGCUAUGCCGAAGAAACGCCCGUGAACGAUGUAAAUGGGAUUUCUCUCAUCAAGACAUGGAUCUGGAGUGACAACAACCAUUUCACACGAAAGUCGUACUACGACGAAAUGAAAGAAUUGUUCUACAAAAGACACGGAAGGCUGCCUUUUGCCAUGGAAUGGGUGAUGCGAGUUGAGGGUCAAAAGAACUGCUCUUAUUGGGGGACCUUCUAUUACGGGCCUCAAGGGCAAGCCCCAACAAUUGCCCAUAUGGAUGGCCGUCAAACGACACAGGUAGCGGAGAACGAAGAUUUGCGUCUGCGUCGAUGGAUGCGAUAA